CUGUUGCUGCCAAUUGCGUGUCAUGCCAUUGGCGUUGGGUGUCUGCCAUUGCUCUCUCCUCUCCUCCCUUUGCAGAGCUGGUGGUGAAAGGAUCGUAUUUUAGUAUCUGGGUGGGAUAACCGCCAUUUAAAACGCUAAUGUCGCUCUCCACUACGCUAAUGUCGCUCUGCACUUCCUCUGAAGUUGAACCCGGCGAUGGCCAACCUCUCUGCGAAAAUGAUCACAAUGCAGGUAGUUGCUACGGUGCACCAGCCUCGAUCACUUUGGAGAAGGGUACUCCCAAUGAGGGUAAUGAUUGCGCAUGCACGCCUAUGACAAAGGAGAAUAAUGAAAGCAGUUGUUGCACUCCUGCUAGAAAGAAGGGUAAGUUUCUUCUUAGGCCAGUUCCGCCUUUUAAUGUUGGUGAAGGUUUGCCAUAUGCUCCAAUAGAUUGGCCAAAUCCUGGUGAUAACUGGAGUUGGGGUGUGAGUCGAAGGAUAGGCAAUGGUGGCUACUACUUGGAUAGAUACCUGUAUCCUCCAAGAAGACUGCAGAAGCACCCUGGUAGGAGGCAGAGGUUUCUCAGCAAGAUUUCAGUUGAACGCUAUAUAAAAUCAGAAUUUCCAGCUGCAGAUAUUGAUGCAUUUUUUGCCUCUUUCAUUUGGAAUGUCCCCUCAACAAACAAUUUCUGGACAAAAGUUGCAGUAAAAUCUUCCCCUCUCCCCCCUGAGGAACCUUCACAAGUAGAGAGAGUAGAAGUUGAAAAUGAAGGUAUGGAUGAAACACCUCCUCAGAUACAAAGGAAAAGAAACCGGAAAACAUGCACAUUUCCAGUCAAAUCAAAACGAUUAACUCGACAAUCUGCUAAAGCUGCAGCCGCAUUCUCCACUGCAGUUGCAAAUGGCAGAAAUGAUCACUUUGCAGCUGUCUCAUCCUACAAAGAUAUGGAUGGAGUGAUUGACUUAUGUUCCUUGGAUGAAGAUACAGUGUCAAGUGAAUCAACGGACAAGGAUCUGAAAGGCAUUUCUGAUUCUAAGGGCAGUCAAGUUCAAGUUUCUCAGCAAAAUGACAUUUCUCCUGACCACAGUUUUCUUCCUACGUGCCAUUCAUCAACAGCAAUCAGAGGACUUCAUAUGAAAAACCCUCAGGAAUCUCCAGCUGAUGCUAUUGCAGAGGAUUUUGAUAACUAUCUCGAUUCUCUUGAGCACAUUCUUGCUCCACCUCCUCAUGAAGCUUUAUCAUUACAUACUUCGACCAUUAAUUACCUUGCUGUUGAUCAACAUGAAAUGGCUGAAUCUCGGAGGAAGCUUUCUUCUCUUCUCAAUAUGGAUUUCCCUUCAUUGGUCUCCUCCGGAAACCUUAGUGAACUUACAAUUCUAGCUUCUACGCUUCGGAAAGAUCCCAGCCUCAAUGUUGAUCAACUUAUUACGUUAAAGUUGAUAGAAGAAAUUCCGUUGAUCAGUGAGGCCUUUCUGGAGACUAAGGGAGUCAUAGAGCAGGCUGACAAGUUCUUUGCAGACCUCGAGGCGAAGAAGGCCAAGGUUACUCCUCUCAAGAAUGAGUACAGGGAAUUGAAGGAUAAAGCAGGCCAACUCCAGAGAGAGAUAGAUUCCAGUUCAACAGCUGUAGAAGAAAUUGAUGAUCAAAUUGCCCAACUUGAAUCCCGCCGAGCUGCGCUCUCUAGCACCAUUGAGACUAAGAAGAAGGAAAAGGUCAAGUUGGCCUCUUCUCAGAAGAUGAAGGCCAAUUCAAUUCAAACAUUUGCAGGUGAAAUGCAGCUUGCUUACUCUGAAAAGCCAGAAUGGGAGCUGAAGAAGAUAAAUGCAGCCUGCCGUGCGGCCGGAAUUCUUGCUAAAUUUGCCAUUCUCAAAGGGUUUUCGUUUUGAAUGAUCUGUUUUAAGACCAUGUGCGUGUUCUGCAGCUGAUGUACUUAAGCUUCUAUGGCUUUUACCAAGUAAUGUAGGAUUUAUAAUGACUCCAUAGCUUUAUC